AUAUACUUCAUACUUGAUAAUUUUUUCUUAAGAAAGAGAGAAUGUUAACGCACAAAUCUGGGAAGCGUUACUUAGUUUCUCCGGCAGAAGAAUUCAUCAAAUAUUUUAUCAGAAAGAAAAGCCAUGUUUCAUUCUUUUAUGCUGCCGAGGAAUUGAGGUUCGAAAUCGUGUCGGAUGAUGAUGUUGCGAAGAGAACAGUUACCAUCAGCAUACUUGGGACCCUAAUUUCAGAAGGCUACAAAACGGUCAAAGCAAGAAUCACCGUCACUCCUAGGGAGGAAGACAUUACAAAAAGCUGCUUGGAGUACACCUUCGAGUUCGACAAGAUUAAAAAUCACAUCAGAAAAACUGAGAUCGUCGAAUCUCUACUCACGUACAUCGAUAUAAGCGAUACCAAUAAUAACAGAAGUGAUGAUAAUUUUAAGUACAACUCCUUUGACGCUGGGUAUCCGGCGGAAGAAUACUUCAAACGUAAAGUCAAAGCAUUUAAAGAAGAUGAUGAUGACGUGACGGUGGGGGAUGUGAAUAGGAAAAAUAAGAGAUUUACGGUGAGUUUCAUCAGCGCUCCUUUCUUGUCGGAUUCUUACGAAGACGGAAGUAUUUUCCAGAGUAUGGAAGUAGCCAUCACUAUUACUCCUAAGAAAGAUGAUAACAGCCGUAGCCGCGUGAAAUGGACCAUCAAGGUCGAGAAGUUUGAUUAUAGCAAGGAACAAGCAGACUUCUUUCUCAUAGCAGCCGAUCAUAUCCGUGAGACUAUUAUGGCUGCAUAGAGUUAAGCUUCGUAAAUAAAUGUUAUAAAUCGAAAAGUUCAUCUACAUAUAGGACCGUCUAAAUAAAGUGGCACCUAUAUCUAUUUAUAUGUCUAUGUUGCAUGAAUUUCUUAUAACAGUUGGUAUCUGGGGAUGCAUGGACGUUGUAUGCUCGAUGAAUAAUAUAUUGAUAUUUGCAUAUUUCUGUUAGACGGACCAAUGAUUAUAAUACAUCA